GAUGCCAAAGGCAUGCCUCCUAGAGAUAAUGAUAUCGAAAUGGGAAGGCAGGACCCAAGGAGCAACUCUGAUAUUGGGAUGGAAGCUUUUAAUAAGCAGACACAAGAGAUUGAGAAACAAGUUGAUAAGCUAUCUGGGUUGCUUAAAAAACUUAAGGAUGCUAAUGAAGAAUCAAAAUCCGUGACAAAAGCAUUAGCUAUGAAAGCAAUCAAGAAGCGAAUGGAAAAAGAUAUUGAUGAAGUAGGAAAGAUUGCACGCAGUGUCAAAGCAAAAUUAGAAGCAGUAAACAAAGAUAAUCUAGACAACCGACGAAAACCUGGAUGUGAGAAAGGCACAAGUAUUGACAGAUCCAGGAUGAAUGUUACAAAUGCCUUGACAAAGAAGUUCAAGGAUAUAAUGACAGAGUUUCAGACAUUAAGACAAAGGAUCCAAGAUGAGUACCGAGAAGUUGUGGAGAGGAGAGUCAUUACAGUCACGGGAUCAAGACCGGACGAUGAGACAAUUGACAACCUAAUCGAAACUGGAAAUAGUGAGCAAAUCUUCCAGAAGGCAAUUCAAGAACAAGGACGGGGGCAGGUCCUAAACACUUUGGAAGAAAUCCAAGAGAGACAUGAUGCUGUUAGGGAUAUUGAGAAAAAACUUCUUGACUUGCAGCAGAUUUACCUUGACAUGGCGGUUCUUGUUGAAGCCCAAGGAGAAAUUUUAGAUAACAUUGAAAAUCAGGUCGCUACUGCAGUCACCCAGGUCCAGUCAGGGACUACUGCACUUCAAAAUGCAAAGAAACUUCAGAAGAAUUCCAGAAAAUGGAUGUGUAUUGCCAUUAUAAUUCUCUUGCUUAUAGUAGCUGUUGUAGUUGUUGGUGUCCUCAAACCUUGGCAGAAUAAAAACGGUGCUUGAGUCAUUAUUUUCUUCGUUCGUCUUCUUCUUCUCCUCCCGUUACCCAGCUACGUAAAAUAGUUGUAUUUGGGUGGAAACUUCGGACAUUCCUUUUUUCAAGAGUAUGUUUUGCCCCUUCAUGUUGUUUCCUUCGAUUUUCGAGAUCCUUAUUGAUUUCUAUACCUAUUUGAACUCAGUGUGAGGCUUUUUGGUUUGUGGGUGGUGGUGUGAAUUGUGGUUUCAAGGGUAUGGAGAAGAGUUAGACCUCAUAAGACAGAAUUUUGUUGUUUCAUGAUGUGAAGUUUGUUUCUGAUUUGCAAACUUGAAUAUCAUCUUUAAAUUAAUACAGAAUUAUUGGAAAA